GGGCAAAAGUAGAGUCAUGUAACUGAAAAAUAAAUGGCUAAAACGUUGAGGCAGUGCAUAAAUGAUAAGUCAUGUGGAUAUGGGGGAAAUUAGGAGUGGAAGAUUAAAAUUAUGAAUUUUGCUUCUGUUUGAUUUCAGAUUCAGCACAGCCCAGAAAUUGGAUAAACUUGGGAUGCGAGGAAGUGAUACGAGUCUAUAUCAUGAUGGCUGGGUUGGAUCUGGAGAGACUUGUUUUGGCAGCUGGUCCCCUUGGUAUCAUGCAGGCAUAUCUUGAUGUGAUCCUUCCUUAUGUUCGACAAAGAGAGCAGUUCGGUCGUCCCAUCGGGAAUUUCAGUUUAUACAGGAUUGUGCUGGAAUUAUACUUACUGCUGCUGAGAGUGCAACCCAAGUUGCUUUGCAGGCAAAACAAUGUUUGGGAGGAAAUGGAUAUGUGAAUGAGUAUCCAACUGGUCGUCUUCUGAGAGAUGCCAAACUAUAUGAGAUUGGUGCAGGAACUAGUGAGAUCAGAAGAAUGAUUAUUGGACGUGAACUCUUCAAGGAGCAGUGGUGAAAUGUUCAUUAUGUAACAGUAAAUUUCAUUCAUCAAAGGGGACUAAAAUUAGUCAUGAGAAUCCAUUGUUAAUAAAGGAAAGCUAUUUUUACCAAAAA